UCCUUUGCUGACAUCUUUCCCCUCUGCUUGAUAUCAGAAUGCUCUCAAAGACUAGGCAACACUAUGGCCAUCUUUAGAAUUGCAGCAGAGUGAGGCACUGAUUUCCCCAUCCAUCUACUUUGUCCCCUGUGUGAUUUCUUAUGAGCACCAUUAGCUUUUCUGGAAGGCUUUGAUAACUGUUUAAAUGAGAGGGGAAGGGUUUGGUGUUUCUGUAUAGAAAACAAGGUCCAGUAUCAUUGACCCACUCAUCCAGCAAACAUUUACUGAACACCUGUCAAUUCAGCCAGCAUAGAGCCAGUUGUUGGAAUACAGAAAAGAUAUGGCAUAGUCCUAAUUAAUCUUGGGGUUUUUAGGGUGCCCCCAGUAUUCUAGGCCAGGGUACCCUUAAGGAGCUGAAGGAAGCCCCAAGCAUUAUGAGGCCUGGCUCAGGCUCCCUGGCAACCAGCAGGUGCCUUCCCAGACUAUCUCUCAGCCUGGCUGCUGACAUUAUCCUACUUCAUGGCCAAUUGACCAAGAGAUGUGACCGUCAACAGGCAACGCUGAGGCAUGCACAGCAGAUCUCCUACUAUGUAUGCAACAGCCAGUGGACAAAGGAGACAGAUGCUUGGCUCCCGCUGACCAGCAUUCUAGUGGAGGAGCCAUUGAAACUGAUGUGCCAGAGUCGUGGGUACUCUGAAUAACCACCAUGCAAGGUGAAAACAGAGACUAGAGUUCAGAGGGGCUUGUUUGGAUGGAGGGCUCCAGGAAGGCCCUCUGAGCAGGGGACACGAGGCAGGGACCUGAACCGCCAAGUGGGCAGGUCCAAAGUGGAGAAGAUCAUGUAGACCCCAUGUUUCCCUUUGUGCCUGCUUCGCUCUUCUCCAAACGCUUGGCACAGAAGGUAAAAUGACACCCUUUCUGAUUGCUUCCUCCAUUCCAUCAGUUUCUUGUGUUUCCCAAAGACAAAAAUACUAAAUAACAGGCGGCAAGUUCUGUAUUUCAAGGGAGGUGCUGGACCUCUUAUGUAGGACUUGGAAGGGAGGCAACCAAGGAUCAACUCAGUGACAGCAGUGGGAAAGGAAAUGAGGUUAUUUCUUUGGUGUGUGACUGUUGAGAGCCAGCCCCAUGCCACCCCCCCGAAGCCUGAUGAGAAGCACUUCCAGGAAACUGCUCGGAGAAUCCUUUUCUUGGCAACUUGGAAUGCAUGCAAGAGGGAGGCAGUGGCUUGGUGUCUGACACACACUCAAGAAAACUGAAGUCCAGGGAGCGGCUGUGCUGUCAGUCUCAGGCGGCAAAGAGGCAGGCAGACAGGAAGAGACACAUACACAUAGUCAGAGAUAGAAAGACCGAAUCACAGAGACAGCCUGAGGCUGCUUUAAACCUCACUUAGGAAGCAAGGUGAACCCAACAGGGAGGUGAAGGGCUGAGUUUCCAGAGGCUGAAAAUAAAGUGAAGUGAGCCAGCUGGAGGCAUGCACCAUCUGUGCCCCAGUGAGUGUGCCUGUUGACCCUGCAAGUGGCCCCAGGAGGAAUCCCCUUUGACGUCCACACAGCCCAGGGGGAAGCAGGGUGGAGACCACAGCCAGGUCACUUCUGUACCACCGACCCCGACUUUGCUCACCCCUUGUCUCCUCCUCCUCACCCCUGCCAACACUGGGAGGGUCAGAAAGCCCUGUCAUCAAUCCAGAGGGGAAAGGAGAUGGAGAAUGGAGGAGACGGGCCCACGGCCUGUCCUGUACGUGUAGAGGAAGGCAGCUGCAAGGCCACCACCGAUGACCUCAUUAUCCCGCAUAUUCGUCACCGAAGGGUGUGGGUGACUAAGCUUUGUUACCUAGGUGUGAGCCAGUAAGGCCUGGGGCCUGCCCCUGAGCGCCCACAGGAGGAGAGAGGAUGUACAGCCCAGAGCAGGUCUGAACAGGUGGGGCUGCGGUGGAGGGCGUGGGUGCCUGGGUGGUGGGACCAAGCCGUGUCCUAGCUGGACCACGCCCCCCCAGUUCCUUUGAGGUACUGGCUACACACUCCUCCCUCUACCCGGAAAAGCCCGGAUUGCUCCCCUUCCUGUGCUCGUGUCAUCUUCUUGGGCCCUUGCCUCCUGCAGCCUGGCCCCAGCUCCAGCCCGAGAUGCCCCAUUAGCUGCUCACCCAGGCUGCUAGUGCCUCGGGCUAAUGGCCCUACCACCCCGCCCUUCUCACCCUUCCAGCUCACUGCCCAUCCCGGGCACCCUCACUCAGCCCAGGAGGGGGACACCUGAGCCACAGAGACGUCUGGCAGCGCCAAGAGAGGCUCAGAAAUCAAGAGGCCUUCCCUCUUACGGGACCUGCACAUGCACUCUACCGCCCCCGGUCACUCUGCGGGUGCGCCCUUCAUUUUAAGAGGGGCCGUCACCAUGGACACCAGCCCAGACCAGUCCUUCUUCCCUGGCAGUCACUGGCUCCACUUCUCCGUGUACCUCUUCACCUUCCUCGUGGGGCUGCCCCUCAACGUCAUGGCCCUGGUUAUCUUCAGGGGCAAGCUGCGCCGCCGCCCGGUGGCUGUGGACGUGCUCUUGCUCAACCUGACCCUCUCAGACCUGCUCCUGCUGCUCUUCCUGCCGUUCCACAUGAUAGAGGCAGCCAGUGACAUGCGCUGGCCCCUGCCCUUUGCUUUCUGCCCCCUCUCCAGAUUCCUCUUCUUCACCACCAUCUAUCUCACUUCCCUCUUCCUGGCAGCUGUGAGCAUUGAGCGCUUCCUGAGCGUGGCCUACCCACUAUGGUACAAGACCCGGCCGAGGCCGGGACAGGCCGGCCUGGUCAGCGUGGCCUGCUGGCUGCUGGCCGCUGCCCACUGCAGUGUGGUCUACAUCACUGAGUUCUCAGGGAACUCCUUCCGUAGUCAGAGCACCAAUGUGACCUGCUUCCUGGAAUUCCAGGAGGAACAACUGGCUGUUCUUCUGCCUGUCCGGCUGGAAAUGGCCAUGGUCCUUUUUGGGGUGCCCCUGCUCGUCACUGGUUACUGCUACAGCCACCUGGUGUGGCUGCUCAGCAGGGGAGCCAGCCGUCACCGGCGGAGGAGGGUGAUCGGGCUCGUGGGGGCCACGCUGCUCAACUUCCUUGUCUGCUUUGGGCCUUACAAUGUGUCCCAUGUAGUGGGCUAUGUCCGGGGUGAAAGCCCGCGGUGGAGAAGUUACACGCUGCUCCUCAGCACCCUGAAUUCCUGCGUCGACCCCCUUGUCUACUACUUCUCAUCGUCAGGGUUCCAAGCCGAAUUUCAGAGCCUGCUGAGGAAGCUGACUGGGGUCUCGGGCCCUUGGACACAGAACGGCAGCAUGAAACGGAAGAAUGGAGGAGAGGCCAGCCAUGGGAGGUAUCCAACAUAGAGAACAGGUAGUGGCUCGUAAUUGGAGGCCUGGGUUGAGCUACGUGCCAACGCACUUCCCACUUCAAGUCAGGCAGGACCUUGAAGAGGCAGGCUGGGGACCGAAGGAGUCGGGACAGAGCAGGCACCCAGCCUCCUAAGGAUGUGCUCAGCAAAGCCCACCUCUUGAUCUCACCAUGCUGCCCUCCCUUCCAUUCCCCCACAUGCUCUGGAUUCGGCUCUGGGAAGCUGUCAUGGUGAGGGAUCGCUCUGGAGAAAAAUGAGCUCCUGUGGCAGCAGGCCAGUUCCUGUGCUUUUCUGAGGACAAAGGCGGAGUUGAGAGCGGUGUUCAGGGACUGAGGGUGCUGCCUGGUGGCUUGGAACAGGAGAGGGGAAAUGAACCUACCCUGCAGAGCUGCUCCUACCCAGCAAGUCAAGAGUCGGGGCUUAGGACUCCCGGCAUGAAGGAGCGUCCUGCUGUCAUGUGGAAUUUUUCCAGGGAGUGUCUAUUUUUCAAUCAAUUCAGAUUUUCAGGGACAUUUAUAAAAAUGACAAAAGAAAAAAAUUAGCUAAAUAAAUUUGGUAGCAAGCGAA